AUGCCCUCUUCUUGUUCUAGUUGCUCUAGUCGCUCGGGAACGUCUACAGUCUACUAUGGACACACUGCCUUCACCGAAUUCUCUGGGCAGGUCCGUCAUCUCUGUCAGGUUCUCUGGCCGCAGUCGUCUCCAGAAGGCACGACCAUCGAGCGCCUUACUGGAGGCUCGUAUAAUCGAGUUAUAGGUUUGUCAAUCGACAAUGUCAACACCGAUGCUAUAGCACCACCACAGGCUGCCCGUUUCAUUCUUCGCAUCCCACGAUUUGAAAGCGCUCAGGUCGAGAAUCAGAUCGCCACUCUUAGCUUUCUCAAACAGCGGACGCAAAUACCCAUUCCGAAAAUUGUUCUAUUUGAUCUGACGCCAGAGAAUGCGAUUGACAGCCCGUAUACGGUUCAGUUGCGGAUCUCGGGUCUUGACUUGCAAACAGGCUAUCAAACACUGUCCCACGCGCAGCGUUGCUCCUUUCUUGGGACUGUUGCGGAGGAGAUGGAUGCGCGCGGUUGUUUUGGUGAGAGCGAGAUGGUGCUUUGCCACACAGACCUCAGCCCGCGGAACAUUAUGGUCGAAGCUGCCCCGGACGGCUCACUCCGAAUAUGUGGCAUUCUGGAUUGGGACGGGGCUGUAUUUGGUCCGCGAGUUAUGUCAUGUGCCCCUCCUUCAUGGAUAUGGCAGUGGUGCGAAGACGGAGAGGAAGACGAGGCGACUGCUAGCCUUGACCCUCAGGAUCCUCAACUCCGCGAGUUAAAGUCGAUCUUCGAGGAGGAGGUCGGGCAGGACUUGCUAAACCUUGCAUAUCUUCCCCACCACCGGCUCGCUCGAAGGCUAUGUGACUUUGCACUGUACGGAAUCAGUUGCAAAGAACACAUAGACAACGCUGAUAGGCUCUCGGCGGAAUGGCAGUAG